CGACCUGCCACGAGCCCGCCACCAAACGCUGUUUACAAGCACACACCAUCUUCAUCAAACAUUCUCAAAACCUCACCAGUCACCACCGGAAGACACACCUACCAAGCUAAAUGGCCAACCAUUCUCAGGCCAUCAUGAAGCUGCUCUCCUCUGUGUUCUUCCUCCUGCUCAUCGUAUAUACAUGCAAAUCCUCCACACUGGAAGACACGUGCAGGUCCUUCGCCGCCGGCCACCCGUCCAUCGGCUACGACUACUGCAUCAAGACGUUCCGGGCCGACAAGGCGAGCGUCGCGGCCGCCGACGCGCUGGGCCUCGCCGCCAUCGCGGCCAGGAUCGCCGAGGUGAAGGCCAACGCCACGGCAGAGCGCAUCGCCUCCCUGAUCGCGCUGGAGAAGGACGCGAGGAGGCGGGACCGCCUCGCCGUUUGCGCGGAGGUGUACUCGGACGCCGUGGACCAGCUCGGCCAGGCGGCCGGGGACCUCGCCCGCGGCGCGGAGGGCGCCGAUCAGGCCGCACAGGACGCGGUCACGCAGCUCAGCGCGGCGCUGGACGCGCCUGGGACGUGCGAGGACGCGUUCGGCGAGGCCGACGACACGUCGCCGCUGGCCACAGAGGACUCCGAGUUCAAGAAGCUGGCCACCGUCGCUCUCGCCGUUGCGGCGUUACUGUCGCCGCCAUCGUCGGCGCCAAGGAUUAGUGAUUGAUACUUCUGUACUGUACGUGUUUAUCAUGGGCUUGCAGGUAUAAUAAGCUUCUAACGAGUAUCAUUACUAGAGAAUGUCUUGUUUUUUCAAUGUCUUUUUGGUUUUUGUGUUGUUUUUUCAAUGUCUUUUUGGUUUUCCG